GCAGGGCGGGGCGCAGCUGCGUUUCGGUGCCUGGGCGCAGACACAGGCCUUGGUCGCACUCUGCGGAGGCCGAGGCGCCUCCAGAGCCAUGGCCCGCUCGGCCUGCGGGUUCUCAGUCGUACUGCUGGGCGCCCUGCUGCUGGGUGCAACACACCUGCUACACGGGACAGAAGCAUCGGAGAUUGCUCUGCCCCAAGGAAGUGGCAUUACAGUACACAUCAGACUGGUGAGCCCAGCCCUGCCUGUGAAACCCUGCUACAUGAUCGUGUCUAGACAGUAUGUGACUGAGUUGCUUGUCAAACCUGGAGAUAAAAAGUCUUUUACCUUCAGCUGCAACAAUCCAGAGAAGCACUUUAUCUUGGAGAUCGAGAAGAGUAUCGACUGCAUGUCAGGCCCGUGUCCUUUUGGGGAGGUUCGUCUUCAGCCAUCCACAUCAGAGCUGCCUGCCCUCAACAGAACUUUCAUCUGGGACGUCAGAGCUCAUAAGAGCAUCGGCCUGGAGCUGCAGUUCUCAGCCCCUCGCCUGAGGCAGAUUGGCCCAGGCGAGAGCUGUGCAGAUGGGGUGACUCACUCCAUCAGCGGCCGCAUUGACACCACGGAGGUCAGGAUUGGCACCUUCUGCAGUAACGGCACCGUGUCCCGGAUCAAGAUGCAAGAGGGUGUGAAAAUGGCCUUACACCUGCCAUGGAACAUACCCAGGAACAUCUCAGGCUUCAGUAUUGCAAACCGGUCAUCUAUAAAACGCCUGUGCAUCAUCGAGUCUGUGUUUGAGGGUGAGGGUUCAGCAACCCUGAUGUCCGCCAACUACCCCGGAGGCUUCCCUGAAGAUGAGCUCAUGACCUGGCAAUUCGUUGUCCCUGCACACCUAAGGGCCAGCGUCUCCUUCCUCAACUUCAACGUCUCCAACUGUGAGAGGAAGGAGGAGCGAGUUGAAUACUACAUCCCGGGAUCCACCACCAACCCAGAGGUGUUCAAGCUGGAGGACAAGCAGCCAGGGAACAUGGCUGGAAACUUCAAUCUCUCCCUGCAAGGCUGCGACCAAGAUGCCCAGAGCCCAGGGAUCCUUCGGCUCCAGUUUCAGGUCCUGGUCCAACGUCCACAGAAUGAGAGCAAUAAAACCUACGUGGUGGACCUCAGUCAAGAGCGAGCCAUGUCGCUCACCAUAGAGCCACGGCAAGUCAAACAUGGCCGCAGGUUUGUUCCUGGGUGCUUCGUGUGUCUAGAGUCUCGGACCUGUAGUAACAAUGUCACCCUGACAGCCGGUUCCAAAUACAAGAUCUCCUUCCUGUGCGAUGACCUGACACGCCUGUGGGUGAAUGCAGAGAAAACCCUAAGCUGCCUGGAUUACCACUACUGCUACGGGAAGUCCUUCCACCUGCAGGUGCCCAGGGACAUCCUCCAGCUGCCUGUGCAGCUGCACAACUUCUCCUGGAAGCUGCUGAUGCCCAAGGACAGGCUCAGCCUUAUGAUGGUGCCGAGCCAGAAGCUGCAACAGCACACGCGCGAGAGGCCCUGCAACACCAGCUUCGGCUACCUCGUGGCCAGUACCACACCUGGCCAGGACCUGUACUUCGGCUCCUUCUGUCCAGGAGGCUCUGUUGAGAAGAUCCAGGUGAAGCAAAACAGCUCUGUGACCCUGCGAACAUAUACCCCCAGCUUCCAACAAGAGUUCUCCAGACAUGGCCUGACGGUGUCCUUCAUACCGUAUUUCAAAGAGGAAGGCAUUUUCACGGUGACCCCAGACCCCAAAAACAAGGUCUACCUGAGGACCCCCAACUGGGACCGUGGCCUGCCUGCCCUCUCCUCUGUGUCUUGGAACAUCAGUGUGCCUAGCAACCAGGUGGCUUGUCUGACCUUCUUCAAAGAGCGUUCUGGCGUGGUCUGCCAGUCGGGACGUGCAUACAUGAUCAUCCAGGAGCAGCAGACCCGGGCAGAGGAGAUCUUCAGCCUGGAAGAGGAAGUGCUACCUAAGCCAAGUUUCCAUCGUCACAGCUUCUGGGUUAACAUCUCCAACUGCAGCCCCAUGAAUGGCAAGCAGCUAGAUCUGCUCUUCUGGGUGACUCUCACCCCCAGGACUGUGGAUUUGGCUGCCAUCAUUGGUGCAGUAGGAGGCGGAGCCCUGUUGCUGUUUGCCCUCGUACUCAUUGUCUGCUGUGUGAAAAAGAAGAAGAAGGUCAACAAGGGCCCUGCUGUGGGUAUCUACAAUGGCAAUGUCAAUACCCAGGUGCCCCAGGCUCAAAAGUUCCCGAAAAGACGAAAGGACAAUGACUCCCAUGUAUACGCCGUCAUCGAUGACACCAUGGUGUAUGGCCACCUGCUGCAAGACUCCGGUGGAUCCUUCAUCCAGCCGGAGGUGGACACCUACCGGCCCUUCCAGGGCCCCAUGGGGGACUGCCCCCCCUCCCCACCCCCAGUAUUCUCCAGGACCCCAACUGCAAAGUUCACUGCGGAUGAGCCAGCCCCAAGUAGCCCUCCUGAGUCUGAGAGUGAACCGUACACGUUUUCACACCCCAGCAAGGGGGAGGUAGGUGUCAGGGAGACGGACAUCCCCUUACUCAACACCCAGGGGCCAGUGGAGACAGAAGAAUAAUUGGGCCCCAUUCCAAAGACUUUGCUGAGAUGUGGCACCAGGCGUUGAGAAGUCCUAAACAACAGUCAGAUGGCAGAGCAAUCUACUGAAGGAAAAGUAGGUUUUGCAAGAUGCCACCGACUCCUGAUUUCCUGGUGGACUCCUUCCAGUGAUGAGCAAAUCAUGGCUUCUGAUGGGGAUGCCAGCAACAGCUCAGGUUUCCUGAACUCAGGUUGUGUUGGGGCUGGCCACAGUGACAGAAGAGAGACAUGGUCCACCCAGACGGUACCACAGUGACCCCUGGAUUCUCAAUGCUAAGCAGCAGAGACUUGGCAGAUUCCCAGGAGCUGUGCUCGAGGUCUGCUCUCACUGGAGUGCUCUGGAUGACAAUGACAGUGUGCUUUUUUUUAUUAGUAAUAGUAGUAACAGUAGUAGUAUUUAUUUGGUGGUCCUUUAUGUUUUAAAAAGUUGGAUGUGGAGCUGGGGGUACAGCUCAGUUGGCAGAACGCUUGCCUGACAUGCACAGGCUCUGGGCUCCAUCCCCAGCACUGCAUAGACCCAGGCAUGGUGGCACACACCUGCAGUCCCAGCACCAGGGAAGUCGAUGCAUGGGGAUCCGAUUUGAAGGUCAUUGCCCAGUGUGUUGGUCCACGUCAGACCCUCUUUUAAAAACAAACGAAGCUCCUGUUGAUGUAGUGUAGUGGUUUGAUCUCGUGCUGCCUGGUUUGGAUGUCUGCAUUUUGGUUUCUACACUAGACCUACCCAGCCAGAAGAGUGUGCAUGUGUGUAUUUUAUUUGUUAAAGACUUCCCAGUCCUCUUUCACUGCACAGCUGCCCCCUGCAGAAAUGACCCCCUUGUCCCCUACUCCUAGGAGUAAGAGAAAUUUCCAUGAGCUGUGCUGUGUGGUGUGUGGCUCUCUCGGCUGCAGCAAUACUUCGACAUUGAAACAAAUUUUGAGAAUAAUUUGAUCCUUUAAAGAUAUAUAAUUAAGCCAGGCAGUGGUGGCACACACCUUUAAUCCCAGCACUCAGGAGGCAGAGGUGGGCGGAUCUCUGUGAGUUCCAGGACAGCCUGGUCUACACAGAGAAACCUGUCUCGGAAAAAAAAAAAAAAAAAAAAAAAAAAAUAUAUAUAUAUAUAUAUAUGUAUCUAUAUGCCUAUCUAUAGAUGUAGAUAUAUCUUUCCCUGUUGCCUCGUCUCUGACGCUAUGUGCUUUGUCUGUAAACUGACUCUGAAAGGCAAAGAGCGGAGCUCCCAUCACAGAGCGAGGAGAGAGCGAAAGUCCCUCCUGCUUUGAUCUAGAGAGAAAGCCAUGCUAGUAUAGCUUAGCACACUACAGAGUUCAGGAUCUCUGUCAAGCCUUCGAGAAAUAAAUGAGCUUCAUAAUGCCCAGGACGUGGACCUUGGAGAGGGUCUCAUCAUCUGGCCCAUGACGCCUCUGAGACAGUGCACUCAGGGGAUCUCCUGGAAGGUUUGAACUGAAGGACCUCUUGAGUUCUCUCCGGAAAGGAGGGUUCACUUUUUAAUCAUGUUCCAGGUGCUGCUCAUGCAUCUUUCCUCUAACUCCUACCCAGCUACCCAAGGUGCUCCACACCCUCCAGGAAGGGCAGGGGCAGCUGUGGCCCCUACCUUCACUUGGAGGCACCAUGCUGGGGGGUGGCUCUCCACUGACUUCUGCCUUUCAAGUGCCCCUUGGGGAGAUCACUCUCAUGUGUUGGUUCUCACUGUGUGCAGCCCAGUGCCUUUCCACCUUGGCUCCUCUGCUGAUCCAGCCUUUGCACCCAUCGGCUGGUCCUGUGGCUACAUAUGGAAAGAAAAGGUUGGCUCUUCCUGGGGACAAGCCAGAGUCCAUCAGCUGCAACCUCAGUGCAGGUUAGCUCUGCGUGCAUACAUGAAAAUAAUUUAUUUAAUGUAGAGACAUUUUAGAUAACAUCUUAUUCGUUUCCUAUACUUUUUUUUAAAAUAAAGAUAUACAAAAUGAA